AUGGCUUUCAACAUUCUCCAAAUCAAAGCAACACCGCAAUUCAACACGCUUAACAGCAACUACACCAAUGCCCUUCCCAAGAACAAGACCAACAUCAUCUGGGCCCCUGGAAACAACGCUCAACUGGAAGAAUCUACCACGGGUUCCAACCGUUGCGUCACAUUUCAACUCACAAGAGAGCCUGUGAGUGGACAAUGGGCGCCCGUGCCAAUCCUUGUCAGUGGCAUCGCUCCGGUGAUCGCGACCUGGUACGUCCCACCGAAUCAGGGGCCUCCCGCUACUUUCAAAGUCCAGGUCAAACUUGAUGGGCGAGACUGGAUCCUCUCCACCGACGAUAUCCAGGUCACUUCCCCUACAGCGGUUAGUAUCGAGACCAAAUCUAUGAGAGUUCUGCAGCAGGUCUUUGAUAUUCCUAUGCGCAUCAGUGGUGAUUGGACAUGGGCAAUCCAACGAACUGACAAGACAGGAUUCCCUGAAGUUCUGAUGGCAGACAAGACCCGUCUCGAGGUUUGUUUCGUCUUCGGUGCUCUCGCUCCUACCGGGCCAUGGGAUCCGGAUGCACUAGACCCAAGCCAACCGACCCGGCCAGAUUUCAAGGACAAGUACUACAUUGACCUCUUUCGGCUCUUCUUGCCUUCGCAAUGGGAGCUUAUUGAUGAGCUUGGCAGAGGUAAGAGUGUGGAUGACCAACUGGCCUGGUAUCUCAGGCGAAACAUGAAAGUCAUCUGGAGUCUGGGCCUGUCCGAACAGCCCUCGGAGUUCCCAAAACGGCGCCCUACGCUACUCAGCACGGCAGGCCUCAUGGGCCCUAGCAGCUUCUAUCUUGUCCCGGUACCCGGUCUCGCCACUGGCGAAGGCGCAGCUAGCUUCAACUCGCAGUUUGGUGGCCUUUUUGACCUCCCCCGCUUCAUGAGCAACUCCUUUGGGUACUGCACGGCGCUGGAUCUAGCCGCACUCGUGCAGCUCUGCGUCAGCCUGGUGCGUGACGGCGAUGGUAAGGAACUCCUUGACUCCCAUUGGGUGGCUAGCACUGGCAACAAAUCUCUCGGUGUGCACCAUUGGGGUUACAUCAACCCAGGCACCUUAUUUGGCUGGCCAGGCUACCCGGACUGCAACUCGCCGGUGUUUUCUGGCGGGGGUCUCCCGUCGUACCUGAAGCCCGAGGCCUUUUCCAUGAGAAGGCCGCUCGACUGGCAUGCGUGGAUCGAGGUCCAGUUUCCCGGAUCCAAUACGAGGACCGUAUUGGAUGCUUCGCAGGCCUUUGGAUCCCCGGGCAACUUGCAGCUCGUGGAUGGCAAGCUCUCAAGAGAGGCAUACCUCAAUCUCAAGAUGGAUCCAAGUUGGCCAAGUCCGGCUCGUUUGCCGCCAAGAACACCGGCUCGGCGUAACAUGGAUGCAGUCUACUUUUGUAAGCUCUUUACUCCCAUCUCCCAUGUACUAUUUGUGUCGACCCUUGACGUUCUUCUCCACUCCCAUUGUCCCUUUGGACGGAGGAAUUUCAAUACUCUCAAGUGGCUGACUAGAUCAUCCGUCCAUUAG